CUGGGACUAAUUAUAGCAGCCGGCGGCUCUGCGAACUUGCUUAGAAGGGCUCGUCGGGGAGCCAGUCUGCUGCCAGCAUGUCUAGCAGGAACAACAACAAACUGCCCAGCAACCUGCCGCAGUUACAGAACCUGAUCAAGCGGGACCCACCGGCAUACGUCGAGGAGUUUCUCCAGCAGUAUAAUCACUACAGAUCUAAUGUGGAGAUUUUCAAGUUACAACCAAACAAGCCAAGCAAAGAACUGGCAGAGCUGGUUAUGUUUCUGGCACAGAUUGGCCACUGCUACCCAGAACAGCUGAGUAGCUUUCCUCAAGAGCUGAAAGAUCUUCUCUCCUACAAUCACACUGUCUUGGAUCCAGAUCUUCGAAUGACCUUUUGCAAAGCUUUGAUCUUGCUGAGAAAUAAGAAUCUCAUCAAUCCGUCAGGUUUGCUGGAGCUCUUCUUUGAACUUCUGCGUUGCCAUGAUAAGCUUCUGCGAAAGACUUUAUACACACAUAUUGUGACGGACAUCAAGAAUAUAAAUGCAAAACACAAGAACAAUAAAGUGAAUGUAGUAAGUACCCUUUUGUUUUCUGUGCUUGCAGCAUCGUGCCAUCAGUGUAUUCAGCCCUCUCUCUCUGUUCUUCAGAUAUUGCAGAAUUUCAUGUAUACCAUGUUAAGAGACAGCAAUGCAACUGCAGCCAAGAUGUCUUUGGAUGUGAUGAUUGAACUCUACAGAAGGAACAUCUGGAAUGAUGCCAAAACCGUCAAUGUUAUCACAACUGCAUGUUUCUCUAAGGUCACCAAGAUAUUAGUUGCUGCUUUGACAUUCUUCCUUGGGAAAGAUGAAGAUGAGAAACAGGACAGCGACUCAGAAUCUGAGGAUGAAGGACCCACAGCAAGAGACCUACUAGUACAGUAUGCCACAGGAAAGAAGAGCUCAAAAAACAAGAAAAAGUUGGAAAAGGCAAUGAAAGUGCUCAAGAAACAAAAGAAGAAGAAAAAGCCUGAGGUGUUUAACUUUUCAGCUAUUCACUUGAUUCAUGAUCCCCAAGAUUUUGCAGAAAAACUACUGAAGCAGCUAGAGAACUCUAAGGAGAGGUUUGAAGUGAGGAUGAUGCUCAUGAGCCUAAUCUCCAGAUUGGUGGGAAUUCACGAGCUUUUCCUCUUCAACUUUUAUCCUUUUGUGCAAAGGUUUCUGCAGCCCCAUCAGAGAGAAGUAACAAAGAUCCUUCUGUUUGCUGCACAAGCUUCUCAUCACCUUGUACCCCCAGAGAUCAUUCAGUCAUUGCUCAUGACUGUGGCCAACAAUUUUGUAACUGACAAGAAUUCUGGAGAAGUGAUGACAGUGGGAAUCAAUGCUAUAAAAGAGAUAACAGCUCGAUGUCCUCUAGCCAUGACUGAAGAACUUCUCCAAGACCUGGCUCAGUAUAAAACACACAAAGAUAAGAAUGUAAUGAUGUCUGCUAGAACUCUGAUUCAGCUCUUCCGGACACUGAAUCCACAGAUGUUGCAGAAGAAAUUCCGGGGUAAACCUACUGAAGCCUCUUUAGAAGCAAGAGUACAAGAAUAUGGAGAAUUAGAUGCUAAAGAUUACAUUCCAGGAGCAGAGGUUCUAGAAGUUGAGAAAGAAGAGAAUGCUGAAAAUGAUGAAGAUGGAUGGGAAAGUGCCAGUCUCAGUGAGGAGGAAGAUGCUGAUGGUGAGUGGGUUGAUGUGCACCACUCUUCCGAUGAAGAACAGCAAGAAAUUACAGAGAAAUUGAACAACAUGCCUGUGGAGGAACGGAAAGCCAAAGCUGCAGCCAUCAGCACGAGUCGAGUUUUAACUCAGGAAGACUUCCAGAAAAUUCGUAUGGCUCAAAUGAGGAAAGAACUGAAUGCCGCCCCUGGGAAAGCCCAGAAGAGAAAAUACAUUGAAAUAGACAGUGAUGAGGAGUCCAGAGGUGAAUUACUGUCUCUUCGGGACAUUGAACGCCUUCAUAAAAAGCCAAAGUCUGACAAGGAGACAAGACUAGCAACUGCAAUGGCUGGGAAGACAGAUCGAAAGGAAUUUGUGAGGAAGAAAACCAAAAUAAAUCCAUUUUCCAGUUCCACAAAUAAAGAGAAGAAAAAGCAGAAGAACUUUAUGAUGAUGCGAUAUAGCCAGAAUGUCCGGUCCAAAACCAGGCGUUCCUUCCGUGAAAAGCAGCUAGCACUACGAGAUGCACUUUUGAAAAAGAGAAAGAGAAUGAAGUAACUUCCCAGCAAGUUUUCCAUUCCAAGGAGAAUGCUAAUUUUGUGUUAUUAAUCUAAAAAUUGGCAAAUCAUUAAAAAGUAAACAUUUAAAAAGUCAAGAAGCAUUAUAUUGUGAAAGCCAUGGUAAACUCAGUAACAAUUUGGUGUUCUUAAUUUGGAGAUAGGUAAUGGUGGGAAUGUUUGAAAAGUGAAUAGUGGUGGUAUAAACAUUGUUUUCAUUAAACAUUCAUACAAAGAAAUUAAGUGCCUACUAAUUUAAUUACCACUGUAGAUAUAAAAUUAAGGGAGACAUAACCCUUUCACUCAAGGCUUGUGGGAACAGGUGUAUUUACAGUGUAAAUAAUUGUCUUAUGGAGAUAGGCCCAUAUUUCUAUGAAUUGCAGGAAUGGACUAACUGCAAGAAUAAGAGUUAUAUAUUCUCUUAAAACAAAACAGGACAAUGUUACAAGAGUAAGAGGUUCUUACUUGUAAAUAGGCUUACCUGCUGAAAACAGGUCUCCCCUGCUGUACAGAUUUUGUAUCGACAGUUCAAUAUUUUUUUAAUGCUAUGUAAAGGAAGACUUUUGGUUAAGAUCUCACUUUUAAAAUUGCCUUAAGUGUAAAUAGUCAUUUGAAAUGCCUUUAGUAUCAUUUGAGCUACUUCUCUUUGUUGUUGUUGGUUUUGUUCUGUAUUUUCCUCUUGGCAGAGCUAGGGAUCAAACCCAGAGCCUCAUGUGUGCUAGGCAACUGCUCUGCCAUUGAGCCACACCCUAGCCCUGAGCUGCCUCUUCACAUUGGUUUCUCAGGUUCCUUUCACUCUUAAGUUUCAGCCCAUUAUUUGCCUUGUUCUCAUUAAAAGCUUUCUAAUGUCAGACUAGGUACAUGAGGUUGUAUGUAGUGCUGUGUAUUUAACAGGCAUGCUUGAGCCGAUUUCAAGGGUAGUCUCUGUGCCUGCAGGUUGGUGCAUUUAGAAACAGCCUGGCGCCUUUUGCCUCAGAUUUCUUAGAAGAUCUUGUGGGAGAUUAGAAAAUUAUUGUAUGUUACUUCAAAUUAGAGCAAAGGGCAAUGUUCUGCCCACUCAAAAUUAGAAAGCAGUUCUUAAAAUUACAUUUUCUUAUUCCCUUUUGAGUUUAUUCUAUUCACUUUGAGUUUGACUUCAGAUUUAUUUGAGACUUUGCCCAAGAUUCCCCAGAUCACAGGUCCAGGAUUAGUCAAGCUAUCAGAGUCAACUGCCAGCAACUUGACUGCUUCACAGGAAGCGUCCAAUGCAAAUUUGUGUAUUUCAGAAAAAGCAGUUCCCUUUUCUUUUUUAAUUCUUAAACUGGCAUUUCCUCAUGUGUUGGGGUCCAGAAAGUGAAUGGUUCAAAAUAUAGCAGCUAGGAUCCACAGCUUUGCUGUGUGUUUUGUGGUGGUGCCUGGAAGUUUCAUCUUCCUGUAGUAUACUCCACUCCACUUAGAUUCUAAGAAGCCAAAGUCCAUUCUGAAUUCUAAGUUCAUUUUUCUACCAUGGCCUCACUCUGUUCUUAACUAGCCAGUGGCUUAUGUGCAAGGCAGAAAGAUACCUGUCUUUAAUAGCUAUAUCCUUAACUGCUUUAGUCUUUGAUCCCAUAGGCUCUUAUUUCCAUCUGAUUUCCUUUAUUAUUUAUAAAUCUUGGGCUGGUGGAAUGGCUCAAGUGGUAGAGUGCCUGCUUAGCAAGUG